UCUUCCGGGUUGCCCGCGCCGGGAGAGGGGUCCGGACGGGCAGGCCCCCGGGGGUGGCACAUCGCCGGGGGUCCAGCCGCUGGCUACCCCGCCCUCAGUGACAACCCUAGACGCGCCCCGCAGCCUCCCAAAAGUCCUGCCCUGGGGCUUCCGGGCCUUGAACGAUUGCUGUUUGGGAGCCCUGGAGCAAUCAGAUACUUUUUAAUACUUGUCCUAUUGGGAGGCCGGGAAGGUCAGCUGUAGCUCGAGCAAAGCCUACUGUGAGCUGGUAAACAAAAGGGCUACCUACGGGUGCAACCUCGUGUGUGUGUAUUUUACGUGUGUACAGGAGAACGCUGACCUAGAUGCGCAUUCCAUUUCGAUAUGUUGAAGCGUCAGUGGUACAAACGUAACCGAUGAUGCAGUGGGUGUCAUUCUUCAGCAUCCCUUGAAGACACAGUCCUCUCCAGAGACAGCUCCAUCCUGGAAGCCACUCACCUAAAAGGCCCCGUGAAGCCAGACGAUGCCUGUUGACUUGGGACAGGCCCUAGGCCUGCUGCCUUCUCUAGCCAAGGCAGAGGAUUCCACAUGUUCUGGAUCAGAUGCUACCCAGCCAAGAGAGCUCGCCAACCCCGAGACCGCUCGGCAGCUUUUCAGGCAGUUUCGUUACCAGGUGAUGUCUGGGCCCCAGGAGACCCUGAGACAGCUUCGGAGGCUCUGUUUCCAGUGGCUCCGGCCAGAGGUUCACACCAAAGAGCAGAUCCUGGAGAUCCUCAUGCUGGAGCAGUUUCUGACCAUUCUCCCUGGCGAGAUCCAGACAUGGGUGAGGAAGCAGUGUCCAGGCAGUGGAGAGGAGGCAGUGACCCUCGUGGAAAGCUUGAAGGGAGAUCCUUGGAGACUGUGGCAGUGGAUCAGCAUCCAAGUUCUAGGACAAGAGACCCCGUCCGAGAAGGAGAAUGCCACACCCUGCCAAGGGGACAAGGUAGAGCCCCUCCUGGAUGUGGUGCCCCAGGACCUGCCCCUUCAGAAUUCACCUCCAGCAUCUGGGGACCUACUGAGCCAUGGCGUGAAAGAGGAAUCAGACACGGAGCCAGAAUUAGCUCUGGCUGCUUCCCAGCUUCCUGCCAGCCUUGAGGAGAGGCCUAUCAGAGACCAAGACCUAGGAACAGCAGUUCUUCCAGCACUGCACCAGGAACAGUGGAGACAGCUGGAUUCUACUCAGAGGGAACAGUACUGGGAUCUCAUGCUGGAGACUUAUGGGAAAAUGGUCUCAGGAGUAGCAGGCACAUCCAAUUCCAAGCCUGACCUUACUAACUUCGCAGAAUAUGGGGAAGAGCUGGCGGGGCUGCACCUUCAUGUGACAGAGAAGACGCCAAGACCCACCUGCAAAGGAGGCCAGAAAAGGCCAACAGAUUCCCUGGAACUGGAGUUGCAAACAGUUGUGAGCUUCCACAUGGGUGGUGAGAACAGAACCCAGGUCCUCUGCAAGAACAAAGACAGACAAGAAAAUGACAAAGAGAACCUAAACUUGGAAAAUCACAGGGACCAGGGAUUGCUGGAUGUUUUCUGUCAGGCAUCAGGUGAGGUACCACCGCAGACUGCCUUGACUGAUUUCUUUGGUGAGAGUGAGCUGCAUCGUUUUGGAGGAGAAAGUGUCCCUGAGGCUCUGGAAAGUCUUCAGGGUGAGGGGACAGUGGGGCAGCCCUUUCCUCAUGAAAGGGCCUCUGGUAGACAGCUAGGUCAGCACACACAGAGCUCUUCUGGAGAGCUGUCUGUCUUGUGGCUGGAGAAGAGAGAGGCCUCUCAGAAGGGACAGGCCAGAGCCCCCAUGGCCCAGAAACUGCCCACCUGCAGAGAGUGUGGCAAAACCUUCUAUAGGAAUUCACAGCUUGUUUUCCACCAAAGGACUCAUACCGGAGAGACAUACUUUCAUUGCCCCAUUUGCAAAAAAGUCUUUCUGCGGAGCUCAGACUUUGUGAAACAUCAGAGAACUCACACAGGAGAAAAGCCCUGUAAAUGUGACUACUGUGGGAAAGGCUUUAGUGACUUCUCAGGCUUGCGCCACCAUGAGAAAAUCCACACAGGAGAGAAGCCCUAUAAAUGCCCCAUCUGUGAGAAAAGCUUUAUUCAGAGGUCAAACUUCAAUAGACAUCAGAGAGUUCACACGGGUGAGAAACCUUAUAAAUGUACCCACUGCGGCAAGCGCUUCAGCUGGAGCUCCAGCCUUGACAAGCAUCAGAGAUCACACUUGGGAAAGAAGCCCUGCCAAGCACCCACACCUCCGGUGCUGCCUGCCAGGCCACUGGAGCCCUGCUCACCUCUGCCUUUAGGAAGGCAACCAGAAAAAACCUCUUCUUCUUUGCAGGUUGGAAGGUGAGGAGAUGGGCACUGUUUUGGCUUGGAGUAUUCUGAGUUGAAAUUCUUGGUUUAAUAUUUCUUUUUGCAACAGGAAAAGAGUGUUUGUUUGUUGUUUUAGCUGGUCCCUCUUUUGGACCUCUCGGGGAAAGACAUGUCAUGUAGAUAGUGGCUUUAAUAGCUUUCUCUGAUGAGAGCCUGACCAGCAUGGCCACAGUUGCUGUUGCCAAUGAGAACUUGAGAUAAGCUUUAGAACUGAAUUCUAGAGUAGGCUGUUGCAGACAGGGAGGUUGGGAGGCCUGUGAGUGCAUGCCAUCUUUGUCAGACAGGUGACAAAAGUUUUUAUUUAACUGUCUCUUAUUUGAAAUAAACUGAACUGAGUUGGUCUCUA